UUUUGAAAGUGUAGAUUUCUUGAAUUAUCAUAAAACUUCUAAUGUCAAACAUGCAUGUAAAUAUGUGUACAAUCAGUGAACAAUAAAUUAUUUUUACGACACACUACUGAUUGAACUGUAUUCAUCUGCACAAAUGCAGAUAUUCCUGUCUUUUCACAAGAAGCAGGAACAUUUAUCAAGCUCACCCACUGUGUGUGUGAGGCAGGUAGGACCACUGAUGCACUUCACCUGUGCACUCUGAUUAAGUGAUAUAUAAAACAGCUGGUGAUGGCUCACUGAAGCAGUCAACCACUUCUCUUCAGAGUUGGUUUGUAGGUGGGGCUUGCUGGGAUUUCCUUGCUGAGCUCUGGUAGUGGUUGGAUUCCUGUAAUAUUUUUUUGUUUGGCUGUGUACAGACUGUAACAUGAGGAGGCUUGAGAACAUUUUGUUAUGGAACUUCUUGAUGGCUGCAGUAAUCAUUGUGGGUCAAGCAAGGCCAAAUAUGAAGCUCAAUUUGCAGUCAAGCAGUGGUUUAAGGUCAGACUGUGCAGGUAAUCUAAUGAGGCUGUCACUGGACAAGGCUCUCGCAGUGGGGAACCAGCUUGAAGUGGAAGCUGUCAAUGGCUCCCAGCACAUUGCGUUAACACCCAGCCUGGCUGCUCAGUGUGGCUACAGCAUGGAGUCUGACCCCUGGGGUAACACCAGAAUCUACACUUCUCUGAUGGGCUGCUAUGUGGACAAGAAAGAUGACACAACUUUUGAUAUUGGUUUGAGACUUCGAAUGUACGGCCAGAGUCCAUCAGACGUGGCCAGUCAUGAUGUGACUCAGACAUGCAGCUACUCUCAGUGGGCCUCCAAAGAGGUUCUCUGUGACAGGAACUACAUAGAAGUGUCAAACCACAUGGCUACACCUGAUGCUGAAGCUAAGGGGCAGGCUCAGGAUGUUAAAGAUGACUCCAAAAUCAAUGGCGUUCCUGGUGCGUCAGGGGAGGCACCUGGUAUCUGGAAGUUGACGUUUUUCACUCCAGAACCAGUGGUGAUGGUGCUGAGGGAGGCCGAACAAGCUGGCUAUGCUGCCAUGGCCACUUCAUCUCGGCUGGUUGUGCGAAGCCCGUAUAAUACAGCAGAAACGUAUUCUGAGGAUGUGGCUGGAGUCCCCAUGGAGGUUUUCAGGGUGAGCGCUUACUACAGGGCACCACACGGUCUGAGUGUUGUGAACUUGGCAGCUGCUUGUCCCACAGGUGGCGUCCUCUUCACCGAGGAUGUAAUCUCCUGGCACGUACCUCGCCGUGUGACCCCCCUGAUAGGUGGCAGCUUUAAAGUCCUAGAAAUGCACAUGGGCAUCAACGGGCAGAGGCUUGAUAAAUCUCAGAUGGCCGCACGAGGGUACACUCUAUCUGCCUCUGAUUUUCACAUCAUCAUCGAGAUCCCAGUGGGCGCGCCCGAUGGUUACUACAAGAGCCAUGCCCCAGAUUACCAGUACCACAUCACCUACAGUGUGGAGCCCAUGCUUGAGGUUCUGUGGCAGACAGAUGACACCCAAGAUAAUACCAGAUACAAGGUUUUGUUCCCUAUUACUACCCCUCUGAUGCUCAGACCUCCCCAGGUUAAAGACAAUACGGUCCCAGAGAACAGGAUGUUCAGCUUUCACUUGGGAACAUUUCUUCAUGAUGUGGAGCUCAGCAACAUCACCUUUUCCACUGGGGUUCUCACUGUUGAGGAAUGCAAUGCCAGAGGCUUCGCUGUGCAUGAGCACAGCUUCCCCAAUGGAACAAAGAGCUUCUCUUUGCAAGUGCCCUUUGAUGCUGAUGUUGUGCUGAGACAUAAUCCUGAACCCUUGGUUACAGUCUACUCCCUGCCUUUGGUCUUUGGGUUUCUCAUUCUGCCUGAAGAAACUCCUUUUGCCCACCCAGUGGAUUUGCAGGCGUCAUUGCAGGAUGUUGUGCUACCCACCAUCACUGGCACUUGUGACCAGAAUGUAUUUUAUGUCCAAGUGAAAUAUGGGAGUCAAGGUCCCAGCUUCCAGACCAUGGUCGGGGCUCAGCAGCUAACCCCUGAGCUGGGUGAGGCUUACAACUUCCAAGAAAAUGGCACACACUUCAGCCUUGUGGUGCCCUACACGGCCAAGGGCACUGUGUUUGAGGUUAUUACCUCUGAUUCAGUCAGAGCCAGACUUGACAUGCUACUGUGGGAUCCAGACAACAACUGGGUGCUCGGUGAUCUCUAUUUUGCCUGCAGUUUCCCCCUGACGACAACUAAGUGCUUCCCGAAUGGAACAAUGACCGCUCUGGCUGUGAAGGUGGAGUCUGUGCCGAAUCUUGUUCCAGGUUUGCUGACUCUAAAGGACCAGUCCUGCAAACCAGUUUUCAGCGACGAUCGCUUUGCUUAUUUCUUGUUCAGUGCUGAUUCCUGUGGGACCACUAGAACAUUCUUUGACCACUACAUGCUGUAUGAAAAUGAAAUUGGUCUGUAUUUCAAUAAUGACAACAAAGGAGCAGCCUACACAUCGCCAAUUGAUCCUGACUACAGGCAAACGGUUUCUUGUUACUAUGUGGUCAAUGAGACUCAGACUGUUGCGUUCAACUACAAACCAAGAAGCGCCGACCCUGCAGCAGAGAUCGGGUCAGGACAGCUGAUGGUGCAAAUGAGGCUAGCCCAAGAUUCAUCAUAUGAAAUCUUCUAUCAACCAGAAGAUUAUCCAGUAGUGAAAUAUCUGAGACAGCCUCUGUAUUUUGAGGUGGAGCUGAUGCAAUCCACUGACCCCCAGUUGGAGCUCAUCUUAGAGAACUGUUGGGCUACUCUUCAUGAAGACAGGAUGUCUCUGCCCAGCUGGGAUAUUAUUGUGGACAGCUGUGAAAACCCAGAUGACAGCUAUGUGACCAUCUUUCAUCCUGUUGUAAGCGAUGCCAGAGUUACUGUCCCAUCCCACGUCAAACGCUUCUCCAGUAAGAUGUUCACCUUCACUAAAGAUGAAGAAGUCCUGAAAGAUGAGGAGCCAAAGAGUGUUCUCAUAGUUGGAAUUACCUGAGGACUCAAGUUAUCCUGAUCUUCAGCAAAGGCAAACAUCUGGACCUCAAAGCGUUUGAAGUGAGAAGGAAACUGAACUCUGGCAUCAACCCAAACAGGAUGGAAGACCACCUGGUAUGGGUCUACUGGGUUUGGACAGCUGUAACAGAAAAGGACAGAUGACACAAUGCUCCUGGCACCAUACCCAUUUUAAAAGGGAAAACACCAGUGACCAGUUCCAGUUACCCGUCAAUGAUGAGGUUCCAUCUCGGUUUGGACGUCCUGUUGUCAUUCUGCGUCGCCCAGCAGUU